UUCUGUAUAACUCGUUGAAAAAGUUGGACGCAUUUCGCAGCGCGUCAUCAGCGCCGAAGAAAGAAUUUUUAAUUUAAGAUUGACCACAAUUCAGUAUUUUAUUAUAAAAAAUAUUAGAAAACACUAGCGUCAAACAGAUACAGACAAAUAUCGAUUUUCUACUCUCGUCCAAGAUGGCGGACGACGAGCAAUUUAGUUUGUGUUGGAAUAAUUUCAACACAAAUUUGUCCGCUGGUUUUCACGAAUCAUUAUGUCGUGGCGAUCUUGUGGAUGUCUCAUUGGCGGCGGAAGGACAAAUCGUGAAGGCACAUCGCCUGGUGUUGUCUGUCUGCUCGCCUUUUUUCCGCAAAAUGUUUACCCAAAUGCCAUCGAAUACCCACGCUAUCGUUUUUCUAAACAAUGUAAGCCAUUCGGCUUUGAAGGACCUCAUACAGUUUAUGUACUGCGGUGAGGUUAAUGUAAAACAAGAUGCUCUACCAGCUUUCAUCAGCACAGCAGAGUCGCUACAAAUUAAGGGGCUAACCGAUAACGAUCCAGCGCCUCAGGCCCCACCGGAGCCUGCCCCAACACCACCCGCACCUCACGUACAACAACAACAGCAGCAGCAACAAGUACCAGCCCAACGCGUUCAGCGCCAACAGCCGCGCACCUCGGCGCGCUACAAAAUCGAGACCAUGGAGGAUGUGCUGGGUGAUGAGAAGGGCACCACCCAAAUAGUCAUACAGACGACGAGCGCCCCUCAAGCAACAAUUGUUCAACAGCAGCAACCAACACAGCAUAUCCAAACGCAACAGCUACAGGCGGGCACAACAACAACCGCCACGUUGGUGUCGACAAACAAACGGUCUGCGCAACGUAGCAGCCUAACUGGCACCGGAGCUGUAAAGCGUUCGAAGACCAGCAUCGCCGCCGCCUCCAACGUUAUUGACCCCUUGGAUUCGAACCCUGAGACUGCGACCGCACAACCACAACAGAUUACAGUGCAAACUACUGUAGUGGCUGCCGAUAAGCAAGUAACCCGCCAACAAACACAGCAAACAGCCGCCUCUGAACCGGAAUACAUUGAUCUCCCUAUGGAAUUGCCCACGAAAUCGGAACCCGAUUACACUGAGGAGCAUGGUGAAGUGGCUGGUGAUGGCGAGGCUAGUUAUGUUGAGGAUGAUACCUAUGGCGAUAUGCGCUACGACGAUAGUUACUUUACGGAAAACGAGGAUGCGAGCGGUGCUCAAGCGGCGGCGAACACGAGUAGUGGUGGUAAUGUUGCAGCUACCACAUCAAAGGCAGUUAUCAAACAGCAACAAACAUCACAGAGCUACAGUGAAUCAUCGUUUGUCGACACCGGCGGUGAGCAGGGCAGCGCUGAGGCACAAGGUGAGCUUAAAGCCGAGGUGAAGUUGGAGCCGCACUCCACCACGUCUACACCCACCGAUGUCCUCUCUGCCACGUGUCUAAGCGACGAUGAGUCCUUCCGUAAGCCUUUUACUCUGCCCAAAAUACUAGAUGGUAAGUUUUAUAAGAAUAUACAACCAAAUCAGAAGACGCCUGGUGGCAUUCAAGCCACCUGCACCACCUGCUACGGCCUUAUCUCAGGCACACACAAAUCAACAGGCAAUUUCCUAAGCCACAUCAAGCGACGCCACAAAGAAUUGUUGCCUCUCUGUCAGCGGUACUGCCAGGCCAAGAGUAAUGGUAAUGUCAACAGCGGCAAUAAAGUAUCAAAUAUUAACGCCAUAGCCUCUACGGGACUAGAGCUGGCGUCCAACAUAUCACAGCUGGCGGCGCCAUACUCCACCCACCAUCUGACAGUGCCACUGCCCAUUCCGCUGUCCAUGCCAGUGACAGUACAAGCCACUACAGCCUCUCAAGUGAUGGCCUUUAUGCAGCAGCAGCAGCAACAACACCAGCAGCGGCAACAGCCAUCGUCGGAGCAACUGCCACAAUUACAAUCGUUGGGACAGACGCACGGAGCGAUGUUUUUAAAUAAGGACUACUAGUUUAAGUUUGUGUGUUUCUUUCCGGUUGCGUUCCUAAAAAGUUGACGGCAAUUCUCGGCUGAAAGUAAUAUUCUGGGUAGUAUCUUAUUACUCCUAUCGUGGCAAUAGUAAAGAGACUUACUAUUAAGGGAAGGGUUCGAAAAUACCUUUGUACGCAGCAAACGUACCUUUUUUCAAAUAAUGGUUUAUAAAGUAGUGAUUUUUAUUCUAGCCAGUCUAUUCUAUGUACAAAAUCCAACUUCUAAGUACCUUUUUA